AUGGAGGAAAUUGCAGCAGCGUUGAAGGAACUAUCUGAUGCUCUUAAGGCAGAACAAAUGCUCUGGAAACAAAAGAGUAGAGUGUUUUGGCUGAGAGAGGGAGAUAAAAAUACCAAAUAUUUUCAUGCCUUAACGAAGCAAAGGAGAGCAAGGAACAAAAUCACGCAGCUUCUGGAUGUUAAUGGUAAUAUAGUUGAGGAUGAGGAAGGACUGGUAGCCAUUGCUACUAGUUAUUAUCGACAAAUCUUUGAGUCAUCUACACCAGAAGACAUUGAAGAGGCGCUACCUGAAGUUCCUACGACGAUUACAGGAACAAUGAAUGACAGCCUCACAGCUCCUGUUUCAGAAUGGGAGGUUAAAUUAGCUCUCUUUGCUAUGCAUCCAGAUAAGGCACCGGGACUAGAUGGGAUGACUGCGCUUUUUUACCAACAAUUUUGGGAUAUAGUCAAGCAGGUUUUAACUCUUAUGGUGAAUAAAUUCCUGUUUGAAGGACAUGUAGCCAAUAGUUUGAAUGAUACAAACAUAUGCCUUAUCCCGAAAACAACUAAGCCUAAUGAUAUGGCUCAGUUCCGACCCAUAAGCUUGUGCAAUGUUAGCUACAAGAUCGUUUCGAAGGUCUUAUGCCAGAGACUAAAGAAAGUCUUGCCAGGUUUGAUAUCAGAAACCCAGUCAGCCUUUGCUGCUGGAAGAAAGAUUUCAGAUAAUAUCAUGAUUGCUCAAGAGAUGUUUCAUGCCCUACGAACAAAGCCGAGUGGACGUAAUAAGAGGAUGGCCAUCAAGACAGAUAUGAGUAAGGCAUAUGAUAGGAUGGAAUGGUCGUUUAUCGAAGCUGUGAUGCGUAAGAUGAGAUUCUCUGAGACAUGGAUCACCUGGAUUAUGAGGAUUAAUGCAGCCACCCGACAAGAGGUUAAAGAUACACUUGGAAUACACUAUGAUGGAGGGAUGGGAAAGUAUUUGGGGAUCCCAGAGGAUAUUAGUGGGUCUAAAUGUAAACUUUUUGCAUUUCUAAAGGAUAAUCUGAUGCACAGAGUCAAUGGAUGGACUGGUCGAUGGCUUUCAAAAGGAGGAAAGGAAGUAAUGAUCAAAUCCAUUUUACUAGCUCUUCCUACAUACGUUAUGUCAACGUUUCUGCUCCCAUUGGAGAUCUGUGAAAACCUCGCUAGUGCCAUUGCACAAUUUUGGUGGAGCUCAAAUCCUCCAAAAAGAGGGAUACACUGGGCGAAAUGGGACAAGGUUUGUUUACCCAAAGAAGAGGGCGGUAUUGGCUUCCGGCUAAUUCAUGAGUUCAAUUUAGCACUACUGGCAAAGCAAUUAUGGAGACUGGUCCAAUACCCUGAUUCACUGGUUGCCCGAGUAUUAAGGGGGCGAUAUUAUAGGAUGAUCUCGCCAUUGAGGGAAACCUCUACUAGCAGCCCAUCAUAUGUGUGGACAAGCAUCUCCGCAGCAAGGAAGCUUUUACUGCUAGGAAUCAGACAGAAGAUUCACUCUGGUUACGACGUCAGGGUGUGGGAGGAUCCGUGGAUUCCAACGACACCUGCUAGACCGGCUAGACCUAUAGCCCCUGUGAUGAACCUAAACAUGAGAGUCAGUGACAUCAUUAAUCAGGAAUCAAAGGAGUGGGAUGUAGGAUUACUAGAUGAUUAUGUCCAUCCUGAUGAUAUACCUCUCAUCCGCAGUAUGACUAUAAGCUCUACUCACCGUCGAGAUACUUUUUGUUGGAACUACACGAGAAAUGGCCAAUACACAGUCAAGUCUGGAUACUGGGUUGCUCAGAACCUAUUGAAGCAAGAAGAGGAAAAGGAAAUAUUAGAGCCAAGUAUCACAAAACUUCAAGCCUUUGCUUGGAAGUUGAAAGCGCCAAGGAAGAUGUGCCAUCUUAUAUGGCAAUUGAUCACGGGUCAGGUAGUAGUAACGAGGAUCUAG